AUGCGCAACGGUGCGGCGGUGGAGGCGCGGGCGGCGGCCGCCAGCGGGCUCUUCUUCGGCCACCCCCUGCUGGACAUGGUGGGCGUCGCCUCCGAGGGGUACUUGGCGUCCUACGGCAUCCGCAGGGACAGCGUCGAGCUGGCCAAGCCGGAGCAGAUGCCCGUUUUUUCGGCCUUGCUGGCGUCGGAAACCACCGUCUACCACGCUGGCGGGGCUGCCAUGAACACGGCGCGCACGAUGAAGUGGCUGUGUCCCGAGAUACAGGCUUGUGUUGUGGGUGGCAUUGGCAGCGACGCGUUCUGCGGGAUCCUCAAGGGCACCCUCGACGCCGCCGGGCUGGAGUGCCUCUUCGAGGUCCAUGAGGAGAUUCCCACCGGCACCUGCGCCUCGCUGGUUGUCCAAAAGGAGCGGGCCAUGCUGGCUAACCUUGGCGCCGCCACGCAGCUCUCGCUGGAACACAUGAAGAGCUUAGAGAUGCAGCGAGCCAUCACAAGAGCCAACUUGUUUUACAUGGAAGGCUUCUUUCUUAACACCGUUUCCAGUCCUGACAAUAUUCUGUUGGUGGCUGAGCAUGCGUGCCGUGAGGAUAAACUGUUCUGCUUUAACCUCAAUGCCCCGUAUAUAAGCGAGGCCUUCGGUGAUCGCGUCCAGCUCCUUCUUCCGUAUACCGACAUUCUCUUUGGCUGCAAAGACGACUUCCUUGCCCUCGGUGCUGUGAUGUGGGGCGACGAGGUUGGGGAUUGCAUUAAGGAGAUACUGAUGCGUUUGGCUUGCCUGCCAAAAAAGAAUGCGUCGCGUCCCUGUCUCGUGGUUUGUACCUGCGGUGCGGAAAAUACGUUUGCGGCGUCCAAGAACGGCGUCUCGGUCUACGCCGUGCCAGAGGUGGACUAUGCGUGCAUCGUCGACGCGACUGGGGCCGGCGAUGCGUUUGCCGGCGGGUUUCUGGCGCAGUACAUCUCCCACCCCAACGUUGACCUCUGCGUGGAGGCGGGGCACGCCUCCGCGGCGGUUGUGCUGCGCCACUGGGGGGCCAGCUUUAGCGGGCCGCCGCCGCGGAUACGGACACCCGGCAAGAAUACGCGCGAAUGGAUUGAGUGA